CACAUCUCAUCCCAGUGGACGGGCGAAGCACAUGGUGGAAAACAGGAAACAUCACUUUUCCGCCCCCUCCAACUUCUCCUCCUCCUCUUUCUCACCCUCCAACCACUCAAUCUCAUUGCACGCACAAAAGACGGAGCACGAAGCAGAACCCCCUCCUUUCCGACGAGGCAUUACUCUCGUGGCUCUCACAUGUCCAGUGCAGGCUGUCUCCGAUAGGCUCAGUACCCCUGUCUUUCCUGUACCUGUACUGCACAACAAUGUGUCUUUCUCACCGGCUGACCUCGCAGAGCCAAUGAUUUUGGUUCCGUAAAUGAAAUGCUUGCGGGCGCUAGGCAGGGUCAGAAAGUGUGCGUGGUGUGGCUAUCGGCCACCCUGGUAAGGCAGCCCUACCACCAGGAUCAGUCGUGUCAGUUGUACUUGUAGGCUGCGAAUACCUAUUCAAGCGACGGCCCUUGCAUGCAGGAGCAAGGUGAUGAGACAAUAAGGCUACUGGCAGUCUAGGCAGUAUGUACCCCCCCUUUCAGCAUGCAGAGAGGUUGUACUGUAGCGUUUGUUGCUUUGUGUACUGUCCAAAUUUCAGGUACAGUGUCGGGUUCGAAUGCGUGCCGCAUGUGUGACUUGUGAAUGGAUGUCGGGUGCAGAAGAUAACUGCAUGAUAUUACACCAAACACUCAACGAGAUACGAGCAUCGCGGACGGCAAGAUAAUCAUAAUGACGAC